GGAUGAUCUCGGGGGCGCUCUGGUAAUAAACCAAGUGAAGAAUGGCAUGACAGCAGAUCACAGCAAGUCCAGCAGUCCAGCAAGUUGCACGCGGAGUCCAGCGGGAGAAACCAGCAACAAACCAGCAACCAGAAGAGAUGAAACAGUCAAGGAGCCCCUUUCAGCUGCUAUGGAGGUGGACCUGUGCCAAGCCUUCUCGCAGAUGCUGCUCAGAAGUAACGUAGAGGAUGUUGAUGCCAAUGAUGGGGAGAACCCCCAGCUCUGCAGUGACUACGUCAAGGACAUCUAUUGCUACCUGAGAAAGCUUGAACUGCAGCAAUGCGUGUGCCCCUUCUACCUCGACGGAGCAGAGCUCAACGGGCGUAUGCGGGCCAUUCUAGUAGACUGGCUGGUCCAAGUCCAUGCGAGAUUCCACCUUUUGCAGGAAACCCUCUACAUGUGUGUUGCCAUCAUGGACCGCUACCUGCAAGUUCAAGCAGUCUGCCGAAAUGAGCUCCAGCUGGUGGGCGUUACUGCGAUGCUUCUGGCUUCCAAAUAUGAAGAGACGUAUGUGCCAAGCAUCAUGGACUUUGUCUACAUCACUGACCGAGCGUACACAUCGGCCCAGAUCAGGGCUAUGGAGUGCAAGAUCCUGAAGGAAUUAGACUUCGUUCUCGGCCGGCCGCUUCCACUCCACUUCCUGAGAAGGGCCAUCAAAGUCUGUGAGGCAACUGCUGAACUAUACAUGCUGGCAAAAUACUUGAUGGAACUGACACUUGUGGACUACGACAUGGUGCACUUCAGCCCAUCGGAGACAGCUGCUGCAGCUCUCUGCUUGUCUCAGAAGGUCCUUUUGCAAGGCCACUGGAACUCAAAGCUGUGUUACUACACUGGCUAUGAAGAAGAUGGCCUGGCCCUGGUCAUGAGGCAUAUGGCCAAGAAUGUAGUGAAAGUGAACAAGAAUCUAACAAAGUACACGGCAGUCAGGACCAAGUACGCCAGCAGUAAGUUCCUGAGGAUCAGCACCAUCCCUCAGCUGAACUGCAGCCCCGUGAAGGGCCUUGCUGCGCCCCUGCUGGGACAAUCCGGGCGGGUGACAUGAGCCAAGGGGUCCCUUGGGAGGGGGCCCCUGGAGGCCUGUGGCAUGAAAAGUUACGCUAACUCCCCAGUCUCUAUUUAUCUUUCCGACAAUAAAGCUCUUGUAGAAAACCUCUUUCCCGGGCUUUUUCAGAAGACAAAGAGGUGU